GUCUUCUCAGCUUCACGUCCUCCACUUUGCUCCCAAACUUCAGCCGUGAGCGCAGAUUCUCCAUCUUCACAUAAACCUCUUGCGGGCAUAGCUCACCUGUCCCCGGAUGUGUGGCAGCAGCAGGUAACUGUACGCUCCUGUAGGUGGCGCAGUGCAGCUUUUGGAGGUCAAAGUUCAGCGUAGAAGAAGAAUGUCAUCCUGCUGUAACUGACUGUUCUGUUUGUUGUUUCUUCUGUUUUUAUCUCUUCGGGUUUUUAUCCUUGUGCGUCUGCUCCGCAGUUACAAACACAUCGAUCAAAAGGCUUCCUCGGUUCACUUUUGGGAAUCCUAAUUUUUAAAAAAUAAAUCAUGUUUCGAAGAAGAUUGCCUUUCACACAGUUAGCCUUUGCCACAAUGCUCGGAGUUGCCGGUGGAAUUUACAUCUACAGACCUUAUUUCGAGACAGUGCCAAAGACAUCAGGACAGCAGAUCCAGGACAAGCCAAAACAACAAAAUGAAAAGAACUGAAGGAGUUCAAGAAGGCAGGAGGCUGCUGGACUGGAGGCCAAACAAAAAGACAAGAUCACCAUGGAUGAAUUCAUACUGAUUCCUGCUGUUUGUGAUUAUAAAUGUACAGAAUAAAUAUUUAAUAAUUUCAUGUUCUCAUAUCUGUUUCAGAAUGACUUGUAACAAAAUUAAUUACUCAUCAGUUUCUUUAAAAAAAAAAAAAAAAUUGUCUUACACUCUUACAGUUGUCUGUAGGAGUUAUCUUUCAUAUGAGUAAAUGCUGUUACCCAUGAGACU